AAAGAGAGAGAGACAUUGGGCAGUGAACGACACAGAAAAUAACAUCACUAUAAGAAAUUCACAUUGACUAAACAGUACAUUGGAUGCGGAACUGAAAUUGAAACGUCUAAUUUUCUGCUCUUAUUCCCAAAUAAUAACGUUCUUGUGUUGAACCCCGAUAAAAAAAAUUGAACGAAAUCUUACGAAAGUAUUCCAAAUUUACGUCAUUUACGGCUGAAUUGAGUUUAUUAAAUAAAAUUUCUUCCGGUUUUGAAUAUAACAUUUUCUGAUACCAGUGCCAUUCAUCGGACAUAGAGUAUCGGUUAGAAGCAUAUUUCAAUCGUAUUGUACCAAAAUACAGUUGAUUUUGGUGAUUUUCAUAAGAAUUUUAGUGAUUUUUGAAAUUAAAAUUUAGCAAACAAACAUGAAAAGUGACUUUGAAUUUCCGAAAGAUAUCAAAAAUGAUCUGGUCUAUUGUCAACGAGCUUUGACCAACCACAUUUUAGUUCAUCAGAAAAUUGCAUCAUGUGGACCGAUGAUGAAAAUUCCGGAGGCGCAUCUCCACAAGACAAUGAGAUCGAUUGAAAAGGAAAUAAUGGACAUUGGCGGUGAACAGAAAUUGCUAUUCAAUCGUUUGAGAUUUUUCAUUGACUACCAUCAAAUCACAAAGAAUGCCAAAUUGAUAGAUCGUGAGCGAUUGACAAAUUGGGUGCGUGCAGAGCUUCAGAGCUAUUCACGUUCCAACACCGGCGAAAUACGGCCCAUGAACGUACAGACCCGUCUAUCCGAAGAUGCUCUGUAUUCAAAGUACUUUCGACCAGCGGUAUCCGUUGAAGAUGGUCAUUCAAGUGGAACGUCGGUGUCGGAGGAUGUGAAAACGGAGCCAACAUCUGGAUCGGACGAAGAAAAGAUGGAAAUUCGCGUUAAAUCCGAAGAAGUACGUGUGGAGCAAAAAGUGUAUUCGGGGCCAAGAAAGCCAAACAAUCAGCCUGUUGCUGUUGUACUGAAGAAUCAACCAGGACAAUCGUUACUGAAGCCAAUUCAUCAACGGAAAAUUGAAGAGAUUGAGCCAGAGGUGCAUCCGAUUCGUGUAGUCAGACCUGAGAUUGGCAUACAAAAAUCGGAGGCAGUGGUUGAGAAACCAUUGCAGCAACAGCCAGCUGCCAUCAGUCUAAGUCGAUUACGAUUGACAGCCGCUCUGAGCAAAGCAAAAGAUGUGAACAAAGGGCAACAAACUCAGAAUCGCAUUGAAACUGCAUCACCAGAGCCAACACUCAACGUUCAGUGUAACUCAUUGUCAUCGUCACGUUCAUCGAAUGGUUCAUCCGUUGAAAUAGACCCGAUGAAAGACGAACAAGAUGCAACUGAUCUCGGACAAGAAGGCUUUUUACGCCUAUUCGGUCUAUUCACACCGGCAUACGCUGAAUACAUGAUGAACCGACGGCCACAACGAAAGAAGCGCCUCUGCACAAGCACCGAACGUGGCGAUUUUCAUUACGGCAAAUUUGAACUGUUCGAAAGACAAUUCGCAAACAAGCGACAACGACAAUUUCUAUACUCACCACCAGCCACACGUGCCAAGCGUCGCGUUGGAAGCAAUGGAAAUGCACAAACAAGAGAACCAGUGGUUCAACCCAAGAAGGGAAAAGGCAUCAAAUCGAAUGCAUCAUCCAGUUCAUCGAUUUCGUCGAAUGGAUCGAUUAACAAUACAGAGAAAGUCUGCUUGACCUGUUACAAACGAAAUAAUCUUUCCCAGUGUACAAAAUGUUGCGGACAAUAUCAUGCGGCUUGUCAUAGUAUUUUCACCGAAAUAGUAACACGGCGAACGUUUUGUCCAUUCUGUGUGCGACAAAAUGGGAGACACAAAAGCAAUGGUGUCAUCUAAUAAUUCCAUCACUCCAAAUUUCAUUAGUUUACGCUUAUUCUAUAAUAUAUUUUAAUCUUUACUGACCGCUGAACACAGCCUGAAAUAUGAAUCACAAGAAUUCUUCUAAUUAGCCCAAUUUUGGCUCAAGGCAUGUCCAAAUCAAAUCCAAUGGAAAGAAUAUUGCUCUGAAACAAGUCGUCAUUGUGAGAAAAAAAAACAAAAAUUUUCUGAAGUAAUUUAUAAGAAAUAUCAAUAUAGAAUGAGAGAAUUUACAAUUUAAACAGUUACAGUUUUUAAGUUCAAUUUGUAUAUUUGUGUGCAGUUGAAUUGAGUGUCAUCUGUCAACAAUAAAGCUACAUAUUUUUUUUCACAAUCAUCA